AUGACUUCGAUCGCGAUGGACAUUCAUAACCGGGAGCUGCCGCCAGCGAAGUCGAUGCCAAAGCCGGCCGACUGGGAUUACAAGAACAAGGAAAUGCAGAUUUUGAAGAAGGAUCUUCAGAUUAUUUGCGACGAGGAGCGCGAAGCUUCCAGAGAGAAGACUGCGAGACAACAACUCGUCAUUCGAGUGCUCGGAGCGUCCACAAAAAUUGUCGACAAGUGGGAUGAAAUCGCUUACUUACGGGACGUGACUAUCGCUUCCAAAGACGUUGAAAUUGAAGAAAUGGAGAAACUGCUGCAGGAAAUCAAGGACCGCGAAGCUCAACUCGAAAAGGACAAGAAAGAAAACCUCGCUGAAAUCGCCAAGCUCGAGAGUGAACUCGCCAGUCUCAAAGCCAACAACGAGUCCAAACAAGCGAGCUACGUUCAGCUGAAAAAGGAGUUCUCUGACGUCAAGGCCUCCAACAAGCGUCUUACCAAAGCCUGCACUGCCGCCGCCGAAGGAAACCAAAUUCUCAAAGCAACGCUGGAAAAGAUCCACGGCACUCUCGACGAAUCCAUCGCUGAAAACAAGCUGGCCGAAAUCUCUGGUGAAUAA